AUGGUGUUCGACAAGAAGCACUUGCUGCUCCUGCUGGACCGACCCCGCGAGCCCGUGUUCAUGGGCAAGGGUCGCGUAGUGUUCGACGUGCCGGAUAACUACCUCACCGACCGGUACCGGCCGAUCGGCACCGAAAUCCAGAACCGCUUCGGCGAGAGCGCCGAGGAGCGGGUGACGGUGCGCAGCAUCGCCCUGCCGGAUCUCCGCAUCCCGAUGUCGCUCGGGCGGCAGGAGCAGUUUUCGCUCUUCAUUCCUCGGCACCGGAAAAUAGCCGCACGGCUGAUUGACAUCUUCAUGGGAAUGCGCAAUGUCGAGGACUUGCAGAGCUGUGCCGUGUUUGCACGCGACCGCAUCAAUCCGUACCUCUUCAACUACGCCCUCUCGGUGGCGCUGUUGCACCGGAAGGACACGCACGACCUGGACCUGCCGACCAUCAUCGAGGUCUUCCCGGACAAGUACGUCGACUCGAAGGUGUUCUCGCAGAUACGCGAGGAGGCGACGGUGGUGCCCGAGGACAUGCGUAUGCCGAUCGUCAUCCCGAAGGACUACACCGCCUCCGACCUGGACGAGGAGCACCGGCUGUGGUACUUCCGGGAGGACAUCGGCGUCAACCUGCACCACUGGCACUGGCAUCUGGUCUACCCGUUCGACGCGUCCAACCGCGCCAUCGUGGACAAGGACCGGCGGGGUGAGCUGUUCUACUACAUGCACCAGCAGCUGGUGGCGCGCUACAACUUCGAGCGCUUCAGCAACCGACUGCAGCGCGUCAAGCGGCUGAACAACCUGCGCGAGCCCAUCGGCGAGGGGUACUUCCCGAAGCUGGACUCGCUCGUCGCUAGCCGCGCCUGGCCGGGCCGGGUCGACACGGCUGUGCUGAAGGACCUGAACCGCGAGGCGGACCAGAUCAAGCAGGACGUGGCCGACCUGGAGCGCUGGAUCGACCGCAUCUACGAGGCGAUUCAUCAGGGAUUCGUCGUGGACGAAUCCGGCAACCGCAUCCCGCUCGACGAGGAGAAGGGCAUCGACCACCUCGGCAACAUCAUCGAGUCGUCCAUCCUGUCGCCGAACCGGCAGCUGUACGGUGACAUGCACAACAUGGGCCACGUCUUUAUCUCGUACGCGCACGACCCGGACCACCGUCACCUGGAGUCGUUCGGCGUCAUGGGCGACGUCGCGACGGCCAUGCGUGACCCGGUGUUCUACCGCUGGCACUCGUACAUCGACGACAUCUUCCAGGAGCACAAGAACAAGCUGACGCCGUACUCGCGCGGUCAGCUCACCUUCGACGGCAUUUCCAUCACCGGCAUCACGGUGCAGCCGGAGGACGGCCCGGUCAACACGUUCCAGACGUUCUGGCAGCAGUCGGACGUGGACCUGUCGCGCGGCAUGGACUUUGUACCCCGGGGCAAUGUGUUUGCGAGAUUCACCCACCUGCAGCACUCUCCGUUCGUGUACACCAUCAUGAUCGAGAACGACUCGGACGCGCAGCGGAUGGCGUUCGUUCGCAUUUUCCUCGCGCCGAAGAACGACGAACGCGGCACGCCGAUGGUUUUCCGCGACCAGCGCCUGUUCAUGGUCGAGCUGGACAAGUUCCUCGUCGCACUUCGUCCUGGCGCGAACCGUAUUCGGCGGCGCUCGAAGGAAUCCACCGUCACCAUCCCGUUCGAGCGCACGUUCCGCAACCUGGACCAAAACCGGCCGGCCCAGGAUACGCCGCAGGAGGCCGAGUUCAACUUCUGCGGCUGCGGCUGGCCGGCGCACAUGCUCGUGCCGAAGGGGCUGCCCGAGGGCCUGCCGGCGGACCUGUUCAUCAUGGUGUCCAACUACGAGGAGGACCGCGUCGUGCAGGACCUGGUCGGCACGUGCAACGAUGCCGCCUCGUACUGCGGCGUCCGCGAUCGGCUCUACCCGGACCGGAAGGCGAUGGGCUACCCGUUCGACCGGGCCGCCCGCAGCGGCGUGGACCGGCUGGCCAACUUCCUGACGCCCAACAUGGCCGUGCAGUCGAUCAUGGUCGUGCACAACGACCGAACGGUCAACCGGACCGGGUAG